AUUCGUCUAAGGGUUGAUAAACAUUAAAGAGAUUGGCCUUAGACUAAGAAUAGUUUAAGGAUAGAACAUCUCUUCUCCAACGGUUUGCUCAAGCUAGGGAAAAACUAAGAGCUGUAAUCCCUCAGGAAGAUGAGAAUCUGACAUCCCUGAACCAAAAUCAAGAAGUUGAAGCUGCCCUAGAGCACAGAGAAGUUCAAGGGACACAAGAAGAUGGAAUCUCCCCCAGUGAUGGAAGACCUCUCAACGAUGAGCAAGAUGAAGUUCAACCCUCCACCGAUCUUCCUGCCAUUAUGUAUCUGGAGUAGAAGCCAUUAGAAUCACACAACUAUUCACCCACCAUGAAAAAAUCUCCAAUCGCAGAAGGAAUUGAAGCACUAUGCCUACAACCCCUCCACUCAAUAGUCACACUCCUCCAACCAAGGCACCAUCAAAGAUUGCAAACACUGAUGAAGAGUUCCUAAUCCUGCUAGAUGAAGAACGACUUCUGGCUGUUUCUGAAGUACUGUUCCAGAAAGCUGAUGAUCAAGGCCAUUCCACCCACAGCACCAAGAAGAAGGCAAAGCAAUCUGGUUCAAACCCAAUUCAGAAGAAGAACAUUUUGCCUCAACGCAAUAUUGAUUUGGAGGAUUUUGCCUUGAAAACCACUCUUAUACCUCUACUAGAUGCUAGGAAUCUUUUGAAAUCUGUCACUCUGCCUGGCUCCUAUGUAAAGCAAGCCAUUAAUCACUUUCUGGGGUUGGAUGAUGACAAGGAUGAGCUGGUUGGAGAAGUCACCAGGUGGAAAGAACUCACCCAUGGAGCUCGAAACAUCCAACACCCCUCCAACAAAGUUCCCUCCUCUACAUUAAAGAGCUCCUACUUCAUCGUUCUCAGGGGUUUUGUUAAGGAGGAUGCUGAAAAAGAGGAGCCUCUAGAACCACUGCUACAUAUUGACAACCGUCACUUUGAUGGAAGGCAUUUCAAUAAUAUGGAGACAGUGCCCCAUCAGGCUACUCGUGGUGUGCAUGGACUUGUCAAGUUUCUGGAUCUCAAACUGCAGAAAAACAAGGAAGAGCUUCAUCUCGUGGACCAACAGAGGAUAACCCUUGAGGAGGAGCGCAGGCAUCUCAUAUGGCUACAUGAACAUGUUGCUCAUGGUGCUCAAGCAGAGGAAGCAUCAUCUCAGGGGGAGAGCACAGAGUGGGAGGAUGACACCACUACACACUGCUCACUGCUCAGCCUGAUUUAGUUCUGCACAAAUCUACUAAAACAUUUUCUUUUUCUUCAAACAAUUUAUGAUUAAGGGUUGUUCUGCCCUCUUUCGGAUACAUUUCCAACUUUGUUCUACUUUAUGGUGGAGUAUCGGUUACAGUGGAUCUCUACAACAAUUUCAAUUCACACCUCAAACAGCAACCCAAGAAAUUUAACUACUCACGCACCACUGAAGCAUUCAUAAAAUUUAACCAAACAAGAUCAUACGAAGCAUUCAUCUUAGUACAAUAAGCUUUACAUAAGUCCGUCAAAACACAAAUUACCCAACUCAAAAAUCCUCAAAACACUUAGGCCCCGUUUGGUACAUGGAAUUCAAACUAUGGAAUUGGAAUUGGGGACUUCAAUUCCAAUUCUAGUGUUUGGUAGCACAAAUAUUAUGUAGAUUUGGAAUUGAUAGUGCAAAAAAUGAAUUGAAAUUGACAGAAUUCAAUUCUAUGGAAUUGAAUCCCAUGGAAUUACAAUUCCAAUUCAAUUCCAAUUCCACUAAUUCCUUAUACCAAACGGAGCCUUAAGUUCAGAACCCUAGCAUAACAGAUCUAAGGGUUGAAGAUUAUACCCUUAGCUUUAUUGGCCCUUCCGCUCAAACUUUGAGGAUCUGAGCUGCUAUUGCUUUGCGUGAACUACGUACGACUUUUACUGGCAGCUUUGACUGUAGCACCUCUAUUAGAAAACUUUCAUCAAUCCUUUGAAUCAGCUCAGCACCAGGAAGAUCAGAGUGAGGAGACUUGAAUUUUGGUGUUCGUUUCACCCCACUAACUCACGAUGAUCAUAUGACGAUCGAGAGGUUUCCGUCGUUGGAAACCCUCAUGCCUCUCCUCUUCUCUCUGAAAAUGUAAAAUACUUGCCGAGAAUGUGAAAAAUAAGGCUAAAUGUUCGAA